CUUCAGUUAUUACAACUAAAAACCAGCGAUCAGGCCUGAAACCUGGGAGUAGUGCUGGACUCUGACCUGAACCUUCAAAGCCACAUUAAGACAGUCACAAAGUCGGCCUUCUAUCACCUGAAGAACUUCUCCAGGAUUAGAGGACUAAUGUCUCAGCGUGCUCUAGAGAAACUCAUCCAGGCGUUUAUCUUUAGCCGCAUUGAUUACUGCAACAKYGUCUUCACAGGUCUGACUAAUAMAUCGMUCAAACAGCUGCAGCUGAUCCAGAACGCUGCUGCUCGCAUUCUCACUAAAACCAUGUGCGGAUCAGAUGGUACGUCUCUCCUGUGUGGUCCUCCUCAGUGUCAACAAUACUCUGCCUUCCAGAGGGACGAUCGGUCCAGCAAAUGUCUGGCCUUCAGCAGAGAUGGGACGCUCUUCGGGUGGUGCAACGGACACUGCGUCUCUGUGGUGAAAUGUGCAGACGGCUCCAUGGUGUCCACCUUCGACCUCCCAAAGACGGCCCUCAUGGAGUUUUCUCCUCUCAAGAAGGUCCUGGUUACCUGGCAGCCKUAUACCAAGACACAGAGCUGUCCUCAGGGUGAAGCCAACCUGCAGCUGUGGGAGUUGGAGAGUGGACGUCUGAUCAAAGCUCUUUAUCAGAAGAAGGUCGACUCCUGGUGUCCCAGCUGGUCUGAAGAUGAGAAGAUUUGCGUGAGGAGCGUCAACAACGAGUUACAUUUCUUCGAGGACAACAACUUUAACUCCAUCGCCAACAAGCUGCACAUGCAGAAAGUGUCGGACUUUGCUUUGUCUCCUGGAGGACAGCCCUGUAAGGUGGCCGUCUACGUCCCGGGCAGCAAAGGAGCGCCAUCGUUCGUGCGCCUGUAUCAGUAUCCGUUGCUGGGCGGGCCGGGCGCCGCGCUCGCCAACAAGAGCUUCUUCAAGGCGGACCGGGUCAACCUCCAGUGGAACCAGAAAGCGUCGGCGCUCCUGGUGACGGCGAGCACAGAGGUGGAUAAGAGCGGGGCGUCGUACUACGGCGAGCAGACGCUGCAUUACCUGGCUGUGAACGGAGAGACGGCUGUGGUUCAGCUCCCAAAGAACGGUCCCAUCUACGACGUGGCGUGGAGUCCUAACUCCACGGAGUUCUGCGUGGUUUACGGCUUCAUGCCCGCCAAGGCCACCGUCUUCAACCUGAAGUGUGACCCGGUGUUCGACUUCGGAACCGGACCCAGAAACUCUGUCUACUACAGUCCUCAGGGACACAUCCUGGUCCUUGCCGGCUUCGGGAACCUCCAUGGACAGAUGGAGGUGUGGGACGUGAASAAGUACAAACAGGUGUCCAAGCCUCAGGCAGCAGACGCCACGUAUUUCUCCUGGUGUCCUGACGGCGAGCACAUCGUCACGGCGACCUGCUCCCCUCGGCUGCGGGUGGGCAACGGAUACAAGAUCUGGCACUACACCGGCUCCGUGCUGCACAAAAAGGACAUGGAUGCCAAGGCGGAGCUGUGGAAGGUCCAGUGGCAGCCCUUCCCCGACGGCGUCUUCCCCGAGCGGCCCGUCAAGUACCAGGCGGCACCGAGCGAGCUGGGGACCACGCAGGCCACGCCCACACAAGCCUAUCGCCCACCUGCUCUGAGACACCUGCCGGCCACGCCCAGCUCCAAACUGCACGAGGACGAGCCCCCUCAGGACCUCCGCUCCGGACCUUCAGGGGAGAAGAGUCUGUCCAAGUCUGCGCUGAAGAAUCAGAAGAAACGAGAAGCAAAGAAAGCAGCCAGACAGGAAGUCAAAGUUGAACCUGGACCUCCAUCUUGCCCCGCCCCCAUCACUAGCAGCCAAUCAGAGGCCAGCAGCGGGGACCCAGAGAUGGACAAGAAGAUGAAGAACUUAAAGAAGAAACUGAAAGCCAUCGAGGAGCUGAAGGAGCAGCAGGCGUCUGGAAAGGUUCUGCAGAAGAACCAGCUGGAGAAGAUCCAAAAGGAGGAGCAGCUGCUGAAGGAGCUGCAGGAGCUGGAGAUUGCUUAGUGGGAGGAGCCACAUGAGCUUCAGGCCACGCCUCCACUAAAGAAAGGGGCGGAGUCUGUGUCAGAGCAUCUGAUUGGACAGAAUUUAUUCUCACAAGGCGCAGAUGAGUUUUGCCUGCUGCAGUUGUGCAUGUUGUAACAUUUGUACAGUGUUCCUUUCAAAAUAAAAGCCACCUCAGCAUCUGAA